AUGGCGGCGGGGCUCCUCUCGACUGCGAGCAACACCAAGGCCGCUGCCCUGACGCCAGCCGCGGCGCCAGUGGAAACGGCAGCACCAGGAACUCACGCGCGGGCCGCCGCUCCCGCCGCGCUCCCGGCUCCCCCAACCCCCCGGCGGGGCGGUUGCCGUAGGACCCGUCCCCAGCGGCGGGCGCGACGCACGCUGGCGAGCGCGCUGACGUCGGCGGUGCCGAUAGGCGGAGAGGCGCGCUCUGCCCUCCCGCCCCCCUACCCCUACUCCCCCCAUCCCCCGUGUUCCCCCGCCGGCAGCUCGGGAUCAGUCCGCGCCGGCCGGGGCUGCCAGCACAGGCGGCCUCCUCCGCCUCAGCACGGGCACCGGGAACCGGGGCGGGAGGGGGAGGAAAGGGGAAGCGCGGCGGGAGCCGCCGCCGCCAGCGAGUGCCGCCCUUCCCCCACCCUCCCGCCCACUCCCCCCACGCGCGCACCCGCCGGCAGCGCUGCCCCUGCGCGCGCCUCUCCCGCCCCGGCCGGGCCCCGCGGCAGCAUGAGCGGCUCCUCCUGA